GUCGCCAUAUCCUCGUUGAGCGGCGCUAGUGUAAUUGUCAGUUAUUGUGUGCCCUGGAUGUAAGCGGCAUAGAAUAUAAAAGAACUAGAUGGUCGUGGAUCCCGGUGUGGUGAAGACUGGAGCGUAUAAAUAUGAAGACGGCACUCGCUACGUCGGAGAAUGGAAUGCUAAAGGCCAGAAACAUGGGAUGGGUCACUUGGUCCUACCCGACGGAACCAGAUAUGACGGAGCCCUGAUCGGAGGAUUGUGUUCUGGACUUGGGGUGAUGGCGUUUCCUGAUGGCGCAAAAUAUGAAGGAGAGUUCAUGCAAGGCUGGUUUCACGGUCACGGUGUAUUCUGGCGAGCUGAUGGUAUGAAAUUCGAAGGGGAAUUCCGAGGAGGCCGGGUAUGGGGUUUGGGUCUGGUCACAUUCAAUGAUGGCAGCAACGGAUUCCCUCGUAACGAAGGUUUCUUCCAAGACUGCAGGAUGAUGAGAAGGAAGCGAUGCCCUGAAGUCGUUCAGAGAGCCCAGAAAGUAGCUUACAUGGCCAGGGCUCAAUGUCAACAGUUUUAAGCCAAAAAUACACAGUUAAUAAUAAAACCCAUUGUGGUAGUUCAAAAAGCAUUUUGUGUUGUAUCUUUU